GAACCUUGCUUCUACUUAAGUGGCAUAAGCAAUAAUGGACGCUAUUCAGAAGACAUUAUUCCUCUCGGAGGAGCAAGAAGUUUACGUUUUGGUCUGUUUAUCGUACUUGAUGAUGGUUAUGGGAUUCGUAACUUUUGUGACUUUACUCUUUGAGCACGUGCCUUAUGGCAGAUAUGCAUCCAGCCGGUAUGGGUUCCCUGUGAAUGUUAAACUUGCCUGGUUUGUUCAGGAGCUGCCUGCUUUUCUGGUGCCUUUGAGUUUAGUGCUCUGGAGUCACUGUGCAAAGAUAACGCACCUGCCCAAUCAGCUACUUCUGCUCAUGUUCAUUUUCCAUUAUUUGCAAAGGUCCCUCAUCUACCCAUUUUUAAUUCGAGGAGGGAAAUCCACACCAAUGAUCUCGUUUGUCCUGGCCUUUGUCUUCUGCAUUUAUAAUGGGUACCUGCAGGCGAGAUACCUGAGUCACUAUGCAGAUUACCCACCUGGAUGGGUCACACAUCCCUGCUUCAUCAUAGGGUCUUGUAUGUGGUUCCUGGGAUGCAUCAUUAAUAUUCACUCUGACCAUAUUCUCAGGAACCUCCGUAAGCCUGGAGAGACAGACUAUAAGAUACCUAGAGGGGGCUUGUUUGAGUAUGUAUCGGGAGCAAACUUCUUUGGGGAGAUCGUGGAAUGGAGUGGAUUUGCUCUGGCUGCUCACUCAGUCCACAGUGCAGCUUUUGCUCUCUUCACUCUCAUUGUGCUGUGCAAUAGAGGAGUGGCCCACCACAAAUGGUAUCUCACAAAAUUUGAAGACUAUCCUAAAUCAAGGAAAGCUUUAAUACCGUUUGUGCUCUGAUCCUGUGGUAAGCCCAUAUGCCACACUUCCACAGAAACGAUACGGUGAUCCUUUUUCCCGUUAUGAUUGCACAACAAAUAUUUUAUGGUUUUCAAGGGAAGUGCAAUAAUAAUGUACUGAGACUGGAGAGAGAUGCUACGAGCAUUACACCAUAACAAUAACUCCACUCUACAGGACAAAUUAUUUAAUUAUAUUCUAUAGCAGCACACACAUUUAUGAAGUGCAAAAACAGCUUUACUUUGAGAGAUCAUUCAGUGUCUCAGAUGAGAUGAGAUGCACAUGGCAGGCAGCUGCUGCCAUAAUCCAGACGUUCCUUAUUAACCACCUCUUCUUCAAUACGGUAACAAAAUAUGGACUUUCUGAUCGUGACGGAUACAAGGCUGUCCAAGCUCAGAAAAAGCGAGGAAACGCAUGAUUUAUCUGCUGAAGAGAGAGAACUUUUAACCAUGUACUGCACAUGUGACGAUCGCAGAACCCUUAAUCAUCUGAUCUGAAAUAGUGAGCCCUCCGUGCCAGUUUGGACUGAACAUUUCUGAAACUUCCUGUUUAAUGAAAAGCUAUGCUAUACAUGUGUUCAAAUAAAAUCUCUUUAAAUGUUAUGAAAA